UAGUCUCCACCGCUUUUCCGCCCGCCAACGCCUCUUCUGAUUGGUGUAGGCGUGCGCCUGCGUGCUGACGUCACUGAACGGCAGCGGUGUUAUAAGAGCGCGGCCCGACCGUGUGGGCUCCUCUUUCUCAGUUACCGGAGUCUGUGUGUGCAGACGGACAAGCGGAGCCAACAUGCCGGUGGCCCGGAGCUGGGUUUGUCGUAAAACCUACGUGACCCCGCGGCGACCUUUCGAGAAAUCCCGACUCGAUCAAGAGCUGAAGCUGAUCGGUGAGUAUGGGCUCCGGAACAAACGUGAGGUCUGGAGGGUCAAAUUUACUCUGGCUAAGAUCCGCAAGGCUGCCCGGGAGCUGCUGACGCUGGACGAGAAAGACCCACGACGUCUGUUUGAAGGCAAUGCCCUGCUGCGGCGCCUUGUCCGCAUCGGGGUGCUAGAUGAGGGCAAGAUGAAGCUGGAUUACAUCCUGGGCCUGAAGAUCGAAGAUUUCUUGGAGAGGCGCCUGCAGACCCAGGUCUUCAAGCUGGGCUUGGCCAAGUCCAUCCAUCAUGCUCGCGUGCUGAUCCGCCAGCGCCACAUCAGGGUCCGCAAGCAGGUGGUGAAUAUCCCGUCCUUCAUUGUCCGCCUGGACUCCCAGAAGCACAUCGAUUUCUCCCUCCGCUCCCCAUAUGGAGGCGGCCGCCCAGGCCGCGUGAAGAGGAAGAAUGCCAAGAAGGGCCAGGGUGGGGCCGGAGCUGGCGACGAUGAGGAGGAGGAUUAAGAUUGUGAUUCCCCGUCUGGACUGGUGGAGAGUCUAGUUUUCCAGUCAGCUAAUAAAACAGAUCACCACUGUG